AUGGAAGGAGCAACACCCCACAUUUCGGGAUUAAGCGUCGGCUGGGUUUACCAGCGCUGCAAAGAGGAACUGAUAGCGGUUGCACGAGAUCUCGGCCUUGACGACGAGGGCCGCGUGGAAGAUUUAAGAAAGAGAUUGUCAUCCUACAUCCAGGGCGGUGGCUAUUCGGCGGAAGUCAAAGGGCGACUGACUGAAUGGGAAGCACGUUUCUCUUCGGGAGGCGCGAUGUCGAGCAUGGGCAGCCGCGCAUACCAAAAGUCAGAGCCCGACCUACGAAAGAUCCAGGAGAGCGGUUCCGCUUCGACGGCGCCGCUGAGGCUUAGCGUACCGACGGCGAGCAGCAUGGCUGGGAGCCGGAAGGACGAAAAGUCGAAGGGAUCUGGCAAUGGAGGCGAGAUGAGUGUUGAGCGUCGGACUCCAGUGUUCUCACCGCCACCAGAGAGGCACCCGCCAUGGAAUAUCGCCGAGCAAGUCAGGAAGUGGGGAAUGAAGUAUGACGGUCGAUCGGAUCCCCUCGGUUUCAUCGAGAUCCUGGAAGAGCGAGCCAUAACUUAUGGGAUCGAGUUGGACAGGAUGCCGAGGGCACUAAGCGAGGUGUUGGUAGACAAGGCGGCCAAGUGGUUCCUGACCAGUGGGCUAAGAGAUGUGCCCUGGUUGGAAUUUAAGAAGGAGUUCUUGGACUUCUUCUUACCUCCCCAAUACCUCGAGCGUUUGGAGGACCAAAUCCGGGCGCGCCGGCAACGGGAGGGCGAACCUUUCAAGGACUACUUGAUUGAGCUACGCCUCCUGAUGCGACAGGCUAGGUACAGCCCGGCCCAAGAGUUGAACAGGGCUUACGAGAACGCAUCCCCGGAAUACAGACUGUACGUACGGAGGCACGAUUUCUCGUCUCUAACGCAGCUGACCCAGAUGGCCGCGGAGUUCGAGAACGUGAGGAGUCAACAGAGAGAACAAGGAAGGAAGGCUACGGUGGAGACCGGUUGGCCCAAGCCAGUGGAGGCGCGGCAGAAUAAUCCUUUCCGCGCAAAGACAUCUGUUCCCCGAUCUGGAGGACAAGUUGAAGGGCGGACGGAGACGCCGGUGGCGACGCAGUCGGCGGAGGCAACUAGCCGGAUGAUGUCACAGGAUGCUGGACCCAGGCCAACAAGGCCGGACUGCGAGGGAGUGCUGCGAACGAGACAGCUCGGGAAACGGCCAAGGGCGCCCUCCAAGAGAGCGGAGCGGCGCCAAUUAAAAACGGAAGAUGAGGAGAGGAACCCGCUCCGAGUAAAGGAGUGGAAGAUCGUAGCGUCGGUAACGGUCGGGGGUCAAAGGAUGACUGCCACGAUCGACACUGGAGCUACACGCAGUUUUGUGAGUGAGGACUGCGUGCGCCGACGGACGAUAGGAGGCGAGCGUCGCCAAGUUGAGUCGCGGAUCAGGUUGGCCGAUGGAUCAGCACUAAACGUCACGGAGAUGGUGAGGACGGAUGUGAGCCUGGCAGGCAAAACGGCGGAAGCAAACUUGCUAAUAAUGCCGACCAUGCUAGACCAUGUCAUCCUCGGCAUGGACUUCCUGUGCGCCAUUGGUACUACGGUGCGUUGCGGCAACGCGGAGCUCGAGAUGAGGAUGAUAGACGACGUGGGAGAUGGCGCAUCGCCACCAAAUGGACAGCGAGUGGAGCAAGGCAACAGGCGUCUUGGAGAGCAACGCCAGUUCGUCGAAGGAGUGAAGGAGUUGGGCUCGGAGGCGUCGCACGAGGCCGCAACGACAAAAGAGGGCUCAAAGUCGGCAAUCGCAGUGUCAACGAUCGGCGUCCAGCAAGCGUCGAGCCAAGGCACACUGCCCGACGAGAACAGAGGCAAGAGGGAAGGAAUGGAAAAGGGAACGCCGAAGGAGAGACUUAGAGGGCGUCUCCCAGCGACAAGGAGAGACAGAAAGGAAAGAAACGAGCUAAUUGAAGACAAAAGGGGAGCUGAGCCUCCCGCGAGAGUUGUAAAACAGAGCGAGGACUUGAGGAGCGGACCCGAGGAGUGGUCGCCGGAGUUCAAAUCAGUCGAAUUAGAGAAGGAAGGUGAGCCCGAGGGCGGCCCACCGACAGGAGAAGCAGCAGAGAGCGAAUACGGAGGAUAUAAACGAUCCGCGCCCAAUAGUAAGGAGUGGCCGGAUGAGUUAGAGACGAGAGAAGCAACGGAGAGCGAGUACGGAGGAUAUGAACGAUCCGCGCCCAAUAGUAAGGAGUGGCCGGAUGAUUUAGAGAAAGAACUGCAGGAGUUCCUCGAGGCAGAGUUGGCAUUGUUCGAGGACCUCGAGGGCGUGACGCACAUCGCUGAGCAUAGCAUCCGGAUGAAGGACGACAAGCCUUUGAAGCAAAGGUACUACCCUAAAAAUCCGGCUAUGCAAAAGGUGAUCAAUGAACAGGUGGACGAGCUGCUUCAAGCUGGAGCGAUUGAACCGUCGAAGAGCCCACACAGCGCACCCAUAGUCUUAGUCAAGAAAAAGACUGGGGAUUGGCGCAUGUGCGUAGAUUAUCGACAGCUCAACGCCAACUCAGUCCCGGACGCGUAUCCCGUUCCACGGAUUCUUCACAUUUUGGAGAAACUACGACACGCGCGAUUUAUAUCUACGCUGGAUCUAAAGAGCGGUUACUGGCAGAUCCCAAUGGCGGCGGAUAGCAGGGAAUACACGGCGUUUACCGUGCCAGGCAGAGGAUUGUUCCAAUGGCGAGUGAUGCCGUUCGGUCUGCAUUCGGCGGGAGCGACAUUCCAGAGGGCAUUGGACACAGUCAUCGGACCCGACAUGGAGCCUCACGCGUUUGCAUAUCUCGACGAUAUAGUAGUCAUCGGAGCGACGAAGGAGCAACACGUGGCCAACCUGAAGGAAGUUUUCCGGCGGUUGCGAGCGGCCAAUCUAAGACUCAACAGAAGGAAAUGCAGUUUCUUUCGGGAGAAGUUGGCGUACCUUGGCCAUGUGAUAAGCGGAGAGGGGAUUUGCACUGAUCCCGCGAAGGUCGAGGCGAUCCAGAGCCUCCCAUCGCCUUCGAAUCUCAAGGAGCUGCGGCAAUGCCUAGGAAUGGCAUCAUGGUAUCGACGCUUUGUACCAAACUUCGCGUCACUGGUACAACCGAUGACGAAGCUGUUAAAGAAGGGCCAGAAGUGGAUCUGGAGUGAGGAGCAGGAAGAGGCGUUGCAGAAACUCAAGGAGAGUUUAACGACCGCGCCUGUUCUGGCCUGUCCCGACUUCUCGGCCAAAUUUGUGCUGCAGACCGACGCCAGCGACUACGGCCUCGGCGCAGUGCUGACGCAAGAAGUCGAGGGGCAGGAGCGAGUGAUAGCAUACGCCAGCCGGAAGUUACUGAAGGCGGAGCUAAACUACUCGGCAACGGAGAAGGAGUGCCUCGCAAUCGUAUGGGCGAUCCGAAAGAUGCGAUGCUACCUGGAGGGUUACAGAUUCGACGUCGUCACGGAUCAUCUAGCGCUGAAAUGGCUCAACUCCAUAGAAAGUCCCACGGGCCGGAUCGCUCGUUGGGCGCUAGAGUUGCAGCAAUAUCAGUUCGACAUACGUUAUCGCCGAGGGAGCUUAAACGUAGUGGCCGACGCAUUGUCCCGGCAGCCCAUGGACAGUUGCGAGCAGGCCGUGGAAGAAAAUCCUCCUUGCUGGUGGAUAGCAAGGAUGCGUGAAAGGAUUGCAAAGGAGCCUGAGAAGUUCCAGGACUAUGUGGAAGAAAAUGGGCAGUUGUAUCGGAAUAUAGGCCAUCGGAUAGACGAGGAAGAUUUCAUCCCAUGGAAGCUCUGCGUCCCGAGCAGUUUGAGGGGCAGAGUGAUGAGGGAGUGCCACGACGCUCCCACGGCCGGACAUCAAGGAGUGAGGAAGACGGCGGCACGACUUGCGCAAAGGUACUAUUGGCCGGGCAUGUUCAGAGAUGCCGCCAAAUACGUGAAGUGUUGCGAGACGUGCCAAAGAUUUAAAUGCGUGCAACAAAAGCCAGCCGGGCAUAUGCUCACCAGACAGGUGGCGGAGCCAAUGGCGGUCUUGUGCGCAGACUUCGUGGGACCUUUACCUCGUUCCAAACGUGGGAACACAAUGUUGUUGGUGUUCCACGACGCUUUUGCCAAAUGGGUGGAGCUGGUGCCGUUGAGGAAAGCGACUACCGCUCAGCUGCAACUGGCGUUCCGGGAACGCAUAAUCAGCCGAUUUGGAGUGCCCAGGACGUUCGUUUGCGACAACGGCGUACAAUUCACAAGCAGAGGUUUCAAGGCGUUUAUGGAAUCCUUGGGGGUGACACUCCAGCACACAGCGCCUUAUACACCGCAGGAGAACCCGACGGAGAGAACAAAUCGCACGGUGAAGACUAUGAUAGCUCAGUACAUCGAAGGCCACCAGAGCUCAUGGGACGAGCUGUUGCCGGAGAUAACGCUAGCAGUCAACUCGAGCGUGGCCGACUCCACGGGCUUCACUCCAGCGUUUCUGAUGUUAGGGCGGGAGCCACGCCUACCCGCCGCUUUGUACGAUGAAGUCACUCCCGGUUCGGCGACUAGAGAGACCCAGCCCGAGGCCAAAGGAGUCAAAAUGAAGGAAAUAUUUGACAUAGUGCGUAGUAACUUGCAGCGAGCAUCAAAGGAUCAAGGCAGGCACUACAACUUGAGACGGCGUGACUGGAGACCAGCGUUAGGUUCGGCGGUGCUGUCCCCCAACGUGGUGCGCCUGACGAAGGAGGGCGAACGCAAGAGGAGGGUGGCCAACAUUGCGCAGUUGAAGCCAUUCCAUCAAGAGGAUGAAGAAAGCGACACGAUCCCGGAAACCGAGACCGAGGAAACGGGGGAUGUUCCUUCACGGUGACCGUCAACUUGUCGGGGGGCGUGAUGGUUGCCUUGUCGAAGUAAGGGGGGGGUGUAAGGUGGCCUUUUUGCCCACCUUACAUAUUGCAUUCUAGUUGUCGAGUUUACUGGAGCUUGUAGUGAGUAAGUUAGUAGUAAGUUAUAUUUGUAGUAAGUAAGUUGGUUAGUGAGGUAUAUUCGUAGCAUGUAAGAUAGUGAAAGGAAAUGAAUUGGAUUAUAGUCAUUAAGUUUAUAUCUGUAGUUUUGUAGCCAUUAAGUUUACAAU